UUAGGUCAUAUGACCAAAUUGAAGUCGGAUGAAGUGCAUUUUCCUCCGGUAACUUGCAGUUGCAACAUCGGAACACCGUGUUCAGCUUUGGUGGUGAGUGACCCACACACCAUGCAUCCUCCAGCCCCUGCUUACAGCCCCACAUCCAGCUGAGCCUCCAGGAUCCUCCAUUAACACCAUGGAUCCUGGCCAGCAGAGCAACACUCUGCUCCAGCCAAGUGAAGAAUACUUCGCCUGGGACUAUCGCCUCCAGCUUAUAGGCCUGGGCUUUGCCUUCUAUGUAGCAAUAUUCCUUCUUUCCCACCUCCUGUCUUUGGCUGUGUCCUGCACCUACAACUCCCUGCUAGCUAAGGAGCAGGUUUUCUGGAACCUUGCGGCGACUCGGGCAGUAUUUGGCAUCCAGAGUACUAUAGCAGGACUCCGGGCUCUGACCCAGGACUCGAUGUUGUUCAGAGACAGGGUGAGGGGACAGGAAGACUGGUCGUGGUUCAAUGUCCUCACAGCUACAGGUUUCUUUGUGUUUGAGAACGUAGCACUUCACACCUCCAGUGUGGUAUUUCGCUCGUUUGACCUCCCACUGGCGACGCACCAUUUCUUUGCCCUGUCAGGGUAUGCAGGGGCGGUGGUGUAUGAUUCCCUGGGACACUUUCUUCCAAUGGUCACGCUGCUGCUGGAGAUGAGCACACCUUUCACAUGUGUAUCUUGGAUGUUACUGAAGGCUGGUUGGGCCCACACCCUGUUUUGGAAAGCCAACCAAUGGGUGAUGAUCCACACGUUCCACUGUCGCAUGGUGCUCACCUACUACAUGUGGUGGGUAGCAGUGACCCACUGGAGAGAUCUCACCAAUCAUGUGGCCUUACCACAACUUCUAGUCUUCUUCACUGGCCUCGCUCUGCUCACGUUUAUCAUCAACCCAAUCUGGACACACAAGAAGACCAUGCAGCUUCUGAAUCCUGUGGACUGGAACUUCGGCAACAAGUCCACAGCUGUAAACGGCUCCAUCAAGGCUCAGUCGGGGGUUUCUGUCAAGCCCCACAACAGCUGAGGUGAAUCAAUGAGGUCAUUUCACAUCGGAAAAAUGCCACAUUUCUUUCUCUUUUAUAAUUAAUACAUGAAAGAGCAAUGUGACUUUGAGAGUGAUGACAGUUGAAUUGUCAUCGUUUUGUAUGUUUUUAUACAACGGAGCCGUAAGUGUGACGUGUUACAAGGGACGUAUGUAGUUUAAAAAAAAAAAAAGCCUUUAAAAGUUAACCAUGACUGUCUGGUUGACAGUUCGAUCAAGUUUGGCACAAAGUAUUCAUUUUGAUUGAUUGAUUCAUUUUUUUUGGUGAAAGUUAAUAAAUGAUUUACCUAGUUAGCUCAGCCUUUCAAAGGUAGGUGUGGUAGUGUAGAGCAGUGGAAUGGGGUCUUUCUUGUUUUCAUUACCUUCAGGACACUGUGUUGUGACAGAUCCACCUUGCCAGUCACAUCAUAGGUUACCUAUUUUCACCAAGGUGAAAUACACAGCAGUUUUUGAAAAGCCAUUCAGAAGCAAACGCUUACAAAUUAUCUGUAUAUAAAUGCCAGUUUUCCUGAUACACACAUUUAAUUUCUAUGAGUUUGUAUCAAAUAAAAGGAAACAUGUAGUAGUUAAAUAACUUUGGAAAUCUUAGGUUUUUAUCCUUUAUGGCUUGAGGAGGUACUCCAAAUAGAGUAAGUCUGUGUACAACCACAGCUUUUCUUCUGUUUGCAUAAAAUAUCCUCCAGAUUUUUCAGAUAAAAAAGCUUAGUAUGUAGUAGUAGCUUUUUUUUAUGAUACAAUAACAUCUUGACAUCGCACAACUCAACACACAAUUCUCAUGAAUAAUUUGAUGUUGAUCAUACACGGCUCCAUUCCUGCUUUUACACAGUUCUUCAGCACAGAUUGAGAAGCGUAUGCAGGUCAAGUAGUUAAGGGUUUAAUAUUCAAGUUAAGGUUGAAUAUUAAAGCUAUUUCAUCAGGAAAGUGGACAAUUAGAUCAGUCUAUUCAAAAGGAGUCACAUUGGUUGUUUUUGACCGUGUAUCUUCUUUGAACAGAGAGGGAAGUAUUCACCGUUGUCAUGACAGGAAAGGCCCCGAAACAGAAUCUUCUUUGUUAGUGGACAAAGCUCAGGAUCGGUCCACUCUACAAAGGCUCUUUUGUUAAAAAUGGAGAUGUCAUGUUGCAAAAAUAAAGCUGCCUUGAUUCAAAAUAACCAAGCAGCAUAUUGAUCAUGACUAUUGUUGGGUGUUAUGUUUCAAAUAAAGCUUUAGUUUUUGUUUUGUUUGUUUUACACAAUAACCUCGUUGUACUGGAAAUCUUGAGAUUGUUUCUUUGGCUUGGCUGCUGUCAUGUAUCAGACACACAAUGUUUUUAUUGAGUUAUUACUCUGUUCUAAGUUCUCACAUUUCUCAGUGUUUUGCUCUAACAGCAUUGCUAACGUAGCGGUAUGUCAUGAUGUUUAUAAGCUCUAGAAUUUUACCAUUAGUAUUAAGUUUGUUACAGUGUGCAUCUUGAGAAUAUACUGCAACAUAAUUAGUUCAUCCUGAAGGUUGACUCAAAUGACCAAAUUAAGUAUUUAAAUUAGAUUACAGCAAUAGUUAGGGGACAGUUUUAGACAUUUAAAGUGUAAUUUAGUGUUUAAUCAGAUGAGCUGAUUCACAUGUUUAACUUUGCUGAGUUAAAUCCAGCAACAGGAAGUUUUUUUUUUUUUAAAUCAGCCACAACCAGACAAUUGUAACCUGUGUCAUAACUUAUAAUGAAAACUGAAGAAAAGCUACACUGUUUCAUUGAGUAAAUCACUGUAUAAUCGGUGCAUCAUGCAGCCUCAGUGACCAAGAUAACACAAAGUUUAAAGACAUGUAUUUAUGACAUUUUAAAUUGUCUUCAUCUGUGUAUUCUUGAUUUAAUAUCAAGAAAGUCUUUAAAUGCUUACUGUACAUGUGACCUUACUUGUACAUUACUACCAAAAUAACUAACUAAAGAUAUUCUUGGGUUGUCACUUUGCCUCUUUUUCAUAUGACCAUAUCAGGUGGGUGGAGGAGUGGCUGAAAUGAUAGGUGUCGUUUAAGAAAAGAUUAACAUUCUAUUUGUGUAUGGAAAUGAAUUAAUUUCAGUAAACAGAAUAAAAUGUGUUUUCUCUAA